CGAACGCGCUGAUUGGCUAAGCCUUCAGCUCAGCGAGUAGCGCUGUGACCUGUCUCCAUAGUGAAGGAUUUUCCCGCCAGCGUCAAACCGCGCGUUGCUCGACCAGGAGGAGGGUGAGCGAGCCAGCAGCCAUGGCCAAGCAGAGCACGCUCUUCAGCUUCUUCGCCAAAUCUCCCCCGAUCUCCAGCACCACCAAGAGCAAGUCCAGGGAGGUGUCCGCGUCCCCCACCGAGGCCGACCUGCCCUCCUCCACUGCGGGCAGGAAGUCCAGCAGCUCGUCCCCCAAGGAAGGGGCCAGGGACAGAGUAUGUGGGGUUCAAAGCAAUGGAGGGAAAGCUCCUCGCUCUGCCACUCCCAGUAUCGUAUGUGAGUUUACUCCUGGAGACCUGGUAUGGGCCAAAAUGGCAGGUCAUCCUUGGUGGCCUUCUUUAGUUUACAAUCACCCAAAAAGUGACACUCACCUGAGGGGAAAGGGGAAAUCUCUCCAUGUUCACGUGCAGUUUUUUGACGAGAACCCAACUAGGGGAUGGAUCGGUGUAAAAUACAUGAAGCCUUUUUUAGGUUCCACAGCUGUAGAAGUCCAAAAGGGUGGAAUGUUUUUCAGUACCAAACCUGAAUUGAGAAAAUCUAUGGUAAUGGCUGACGAUGCUAUGAAAAAAGACAAAGAAAAACGUCUUGAAUUGGUGGUGUGUACAGACACUUCGGACUCAGAGGAAGAAAUGGAGGUAGACGAUGACUUGUCUGUAAGUGAUGAGGAACCAGCAGAAAUACAAACAAAGAGACAGGAAAGCAAAAGUAGUGGAAAACCCAAAAGAAGGAGAAUUAUGGUCCAGUCGGACAGUGACGACGACAAGGACUCUGGCGAUGAAUUCAAACCUGAAGCGAAGGAUAUAAGUGCAAGCACUGAUGAAGCCAGUAGUGGAGUGGAUGAAAAUGAGCUCUCCGAACCUAGUACGGACACUGAAGUGGAUAGCCCCAUUAAAGUUCCAUUGAAACGUAAACGAGGGAAAGCUGAAAAUGUCUCGAGAAAGAGUUUGCAAAAGGAUGUCUCCGAAACGCCGAAAAGAACACCAAAUGUUUCUGUUGAGGCAAAGCUGAAGUUGUCCUCUUUUUCUGCUCCUGAAAACUUUGAGUCUCAGGCGAAUGCCUCGGUGACUGGUAGUGUUUCUGUGUGGGAUCAUGAGAAGUUAGACUGGCUUCAAGAUGGCAGGAGAAAAGAUCUGAAACGAAAAAAACAAAAUGAUCCAGAUUAUGACCCAUCCACACUGUAUGUCCCUGAUGAUUUCCUUAAUAAAUGCACUCCGGGGAUGAGAAAAUGGUGGCAGCUGAAGUCUGAGAACUUUGAUUCGGUUAUCUUCUAUAAGGUUGGCAAGUUUUAUGAAUUGUACCACAUGGACGCUGUUAUUGGUGUCAAUGAGUUGGGCUUGACAUUCAUGAAAGGAGCUUGGGCUCACUCUGGAUUUCCAGAGAUUGCUUUUGGACGUUUUUCUGAUGUUCUUGUACAAAAAAGUUUCAAAGUAGCAAGGGUGGAGCAGACGGAAACUCCUGAGAUGAUGGAAGCACGCUGUAAGUCCAUGUCACAUCCAAGUAAAUUUGACAAGGUGGUAAGAAGAGAAAUAUGCAGGAUAAUUACCAAGGGAACACAGACAUACAGUGUUUUAGAUGGCGAGCCAUCAGAAAGCCAUAGUAAGUACCUUCUUUGCUUCAAGGAAAAAAUAGACUCUUCUGGUCAGCAGAGAGUAUAUGGUGUUUGUUUUGUUGAUACUUCCAUGGGAAAAUUUCAUAUUGGGCAGUUUGAUGAUGAUCGGCACUGUUCUAGGUUUCGGACAUUGGUAGCCCAUUUUCCCCCAGUUCAAAUUUUGUUUGAGAAGGGAAACCCUUCUAUAGACACUAAGAAAGUCCUUAAAAGCUGUGUGUCUACUUCCAUUCAAGAAGGCUUGCAAACAGUAUCUCAGUUUUGGGAUGCAUCCAAAACACUAAAGAUUUUAGCUGAAGAAGCAUAUUUUGCAAAACAAAGUAAGCAUGAUGACGACAAUAGCACAUUACCACCAGUUCUUAAAUCCAUGAUAUCCGAAAGUGAUUCUUUAUCACUAACUCCUGGUGAAAAAAGUGAACUUGCACUAUCUGCCCUAGGAGCCUGUAUAUUUUACCUUAAAAAAUGCCUUAUUGAUCAGGAACUGCUGUCCAUGGCAAACUUUGAAGAAUACAUUCCUGUUGAUAAAAAUAUAGAAAAAUCACUGAGUUCAAGCAGCUUCUUUGCUAAAACAAGCCAACGUAUGGUCCUUGAUGGAGUAACACUAGCAAACUUGGAGAUUCUUCAAAAUGGAACCAACGGAUCAGCAGAAGGAACAUUGUUAGAGAAAUUAGACACAUGCUUCACACCAUUUGGUAAACGGCUCUUGAAACAGUGGCUUUGUUCACCUCUGUGUAAUCCCUCCUCCAUUAAUGAUCGCCUUACUGCAGUGGAAGAUCUUAUGGCCAUUCCAGAAAAGGUCUCAGAAAUUAAUGAGCUUUUGAAAAAACUCCCUGAUCUUGAAAGGCUGCUAAGUAAAAUUCAUAGUAUAGGUUCUUCACUUAAAAGCCAGAACCAUCCAGACAGUAGAGCGGUCAUGUAUGAGGAAACAACUUACAGUAAAAAGAAAAUUGCAGAUUUCUUAUCCACCCUAGAAGGAUUUAAGGUGAUGCGUGAAGUCAUUAAUAUCAUGGAUGAUGCUCUUGGUGAUUUCAAGUCCAAUAUACUUAGGCAAGUUGUUGGGCUUAAAAAUAAAACAUCCAAGGGACUCUUUCCUGACUUAUCAGCAGAGCUAAAAAGGUGGGACACCUCCUUUGAUCACGAGAAAGCCCGAAAGACUGGGGUAAUCACUCCUAAAGCUGGCUUUGAUUCAGACUAUGAUGAAGCUUUGAAGGAUAUAAAAGCAGCUGAACAGAACUUGAAUGAGUAUUUGGAGAAGCAACGGAAAAGGUUAGGCUGCAAAAGUAUAGUUUAUUGGGGAACUGCUAAGAAUCGCUAUCAGAUGGAAAUACCAGAGAGUUUUACUGAACGCAAUUUGCCAGAAGAGUUUGAAUUAAAAUCUACAAAGAAAGGAUACAAGCGGUAUUGGACAAAGACCAUUGAAAGAUUAUUUGGAGACCUUGUGAAUGCCGAAGAGAGGCGAGAUGCUGCCCUCAAAGACUGUAUGAGACGUCUGUUUUAUAAUUUUGAUGUAAACUACAAAGAAUGGCAAACUGCAGUAGAGUGCUUCGCUGUACUAGAUGUCCUCCUGUCUUUGUCCCAGUACAGUAAAGGUGGAGAUGGACCAGUAUGUAGACCUAUUAUUUUGUUGCCUGAUGACACAUCUCCUUUCCUGGAGCUAAGGGGCUCUAGGCACCCCUGCAUUACAAAGACUUUUUUUGGGGAUGAUUUUAUCCCGAAUGAUAUUGUAAUUGGCUGCAGGGAUGAAGAAGACUCUGAUAACAGUGAGGCUCACUGUGUGCUUGUAACUGGGCCAAAUAUGGGGGGCAAGUCAACCCUGUUGAGACAGGCUGGACUGCUAGUCGUCAUGUCACAGUUAGGAUGUUAUGUUCCUGCGGAGAUAUGUCGGCUGACUCCUGUUGACAGAGUGUUCACAAGACUGGGAGCAUCAGACAGAAUAAUGUCAGGUGAAAGCACAUUCUUUGUGGAGCUCAGUGAAACAUCCAGUAUUCUGCAGCAUGCAACUGAACAUUCCCUUGUACUUCUCGAUGAACUUGGAAGAGGUACGGCUACGUUUGAUGGGACUGCUAUUGCAAGUGCAGUGGUUAAAGAGCUUUCUGAAAGUGUUAAAUGCCGUACUUUGUUUUCAACUCACUAUCAUACUCUAGUGGAUGAUUAUUCCUACACCCCAUCUGUGCGCCUUGGACAUAUGGCUUGCAUGGUUGAAAAUGAGUGUGAAGAUCCGAGCCAGGAGAACAUUACUUUCCUCUACAAGUUCAUUGGGGGAGCAUGCCCUAAAAGUUAUGGAUUCAAUGCAGCGAGGCUUGCAAAUAUUCCUGAUGAGAUCAUUAAGGCAGGACACAAGAAAGCAAAAGAAUUUGAAAGAGUUACAGUUUCCCUGAAGCUAUUCAGAGAGAUCUACCUUCUACUGGAAAAACCUUUCAAUGGCCCGGCUUUACAUAAACUGCUGGAGCGAAUAUAAUAUGGAAAAGAAAAAAAAACAACUGUUUUUGGUGUUUAUUCACAAGGCUGGUUUUCACACGGUAUGAUCUAAUAAACUUUAUUUUUUAAAAAUGA